AUGGCAGCAGUACUUGGUGGCACACAAUCUCUUCACACAAAUUCAUUUGAUGAAGCUAUUGGACUUCCUACAGAGUUUUUGGCAAGGAUUGCCCGGAAUACACAAUUGAUUCUGCAAGAAGAAGCAUUUAUACCCAAGGUUGCUGAUCCAUGGGGUGGCAGUUAUAUGAUGGAAAGUUUGACUAAUUGUGUUUAUGAGUCUUCAAGAGAAAUUAUUGAAGAAGUUGAAAGCAUGGGUGGUAUGGCAAAAGCUGUUGCAAGCGGUUUACCCAAAUUAAAAAUUGAAGAAAGUGCAGCUCAAUGGCAGGCUAGAAUUGAUUCUGGACAGGAGACAAUUGUGGGAGUUAAUAAGUAUCGUCUUGAAAAAGAAAUUGCAGUUGAAGCUCGAGCCAUUGACAAUAGCAAAGUAAGAGAUGGACAAAUAAAGCAUAUAAAUGAAAUGAAAGCUAAAAGAGAUCCUGUCCGGGCUCAAAAAUCUUUGGAGGCUCUUACUGAAUGUGCAAAAACAGGAGAUGGAAAUUUACUUGAAUUAUCAAUAGAAGCGGCAAAAGCAAGAUGUACAGUUGGUCGUCAUGAACCCAGUAGCAGAGUUGCUAGUGGUGCUUACAAAUCAGCAUAUGGAGAAGCAGAUGAAACAGAAGAAACCAUUAGAUUAGUCAAAGAAACAGGAGAAAAAUUAGGUGUUAAUCCCAGAAUUUUAGUGGCAAAAUGUGGUCAAGAUGGACAUGACAGGGGAGCGAAAGUGAUUGUCUCAGCAUUUAGUGAUUUUGGAUUUGAUGUUGAUUUAUCACCAUUAUUUAGUACUCUGGAGGAAGUUGUACGUCAAGCAAUUGAUAAUGAUGUACAUGUUAUUGGUAUAUCAUCACAAGCAGCCAGUCACAAAACACUUGUACCAGCUGUAAUCCAAGAACUUCAUUGA